CAUUUCAAUCAGAAAGUCAAACGUGAAAAUUCGUGGAACAGAGGGGUAAGCGCGUAUGCGUGACUGUAUUUUGGAAAAGGGGAGUUUCUUGGGGCGUUCAUAUAAACUAAUCUGUGUAUGACCGUUAUUAUUAUGCAAAUCGUUUUUGAGCUUGCUUGCUUUCCUUCUAUUUGCUUGUAACAUUAUAUUUAAUCGAUAGACAACCUAGAAUCAAGGAGAUUAACCUCCUUGCUAGAAUUAAUCGGACUUCACUACAUUCCGCAGAUAUUGAAGAACUUCCAUUCUUUUGAUUGAUUGUUUAAAAUAUUACCACGAAUAAAACGCUAUAUCCAUGAUCUCUGAACUGUUCUUUUUUUUACGGUUUCUCGGGUUUGAAAUCAUGUAUGUUGAAACCCUCUGAUACCCUUGGAUGACGUCCCCAAAAUAACCCUCUUAUUAACAUGUGAACAUAAUAACAGGCACAAUCAAACGACAAUUGCCCGGAUACCCUCUCAUCAGUAAUAUCCUGAUGAAAAUUCUUCAAAUAUUAGCGAAAACCAAAUAAGGAAAGCUGGGGAUGUGAACUGGAAAAUGCGUCCGUAUGCACAAAAACAAAAGGCAUAAUGAACAGCCGACUUUGGUGGACGGUUGCGUCAUCAACAUGGCGCACCUGCACGCUGAAUGAUAAGCAAGGCCGGGCGCAUCCUUAGCAUUUCAAGUAGGAGCUUGAGCUGAGUGAUGUUCGGAGGUAGCUGUUGGAAACCUGCACCCUCGGGAGAUGCAUGUGGACGGAGACAACACAUCAAUAGCUCCAGGCCACCGCUAUCCGAGCUGCCCUCUCGGCUGAGACCUGAUUACCAGUAAGGAGCGGUGUACUUCUGUCGCCCGGGAAGAAAACAUCUCUGUUCCCCAGCCUCAGUCAGGUCUCCAAUAUGGAGCAGAGACGUUGUAUACUCUGAUACAUACUGCCUCAGAUCGAUACCAGCCUCUUAGGAACAUAACCCCACAGCCUUGUCUUGGCUGCCUCCUCAAGGAGACUGAAGACUGUGAUAGAGAAAAUGGCCGGACGGCACAGACGGCGGAGUGAAACCAACGGGCCCAUAAAAGAGUCGCCCAACUUGCUAUUGUAUAGGAAGAUGGAGCGAAUAGUCAUGCACAUGCAAGAAGAGCAAGACGGCGUGCCCAUCAGAACGGUGAAGAGCUUUAUGACCAAAAUACCAAGUGUGUUUACAGGGUCUGACCUGGUGAACUGGAUAGUGAAGAAGCUGGAUGUUGAAGAUCAAGCUGAGGCCGUCCAUCUCGGAUCAUUAAUGUCUGCCCACGGCUACUUCUUCCCCAUCUCUGACCAUGUUCUCAUGCUGAAAGAUGAUGGGACAUUCUACAGAUUUCAGACUCCCUAUUUCUGGCCAUCAAAUUGUUGGGAACCAGAGAAUACUGACUAUGCUGUGUACCUAUGCAAGAGAACAAUGCAGAACAAGGCAAGGUUGGAGCUGGCUGAUUAUGAAGCAGAAAAUCUUGCGAAGCUACAAAGGAUGUUUGCAAGGAAAUGGGAGUUCAUCUUCAUGCAAGCUGAGGCACAAGCAAAUGACCUUUCCAGAGUGGACAAGAAGAGAGACAAGGUGGAGAGAAAAAUUCUAGACAGCCAAGAACGGGCCUUUUGGGAUGUCCAUAGACCAGUGCCUGGGUGUGUAAAUACAACAGAAAUGGACAUCAAGAAGUCAUGUAGAGUCAGCUGUGGGGACACACCAAAGAAGAGAAAGUCAACUACAAACGGAGGUCUGGACAUAACAGAAGAACAAAUUGAACCAGAAGAGCUACAAAAACAGGUUACAGCACUUCAGAAGAAGCUAGACAAGCAUCACAUCAAGAUGUCAAAGAUAGCAGAACUUCUGAUGUCCUACAGUGAGCAGUUUGGUGACUAUGAACCUUUCCUGAGCCCCCCUGAACCAUCCAACCCCUGGAUAACUGAUGACAGUUCCUUGUGGGAGCAGGACAAGAUGGGAGAGAACAGGGAGAUCCCCAGCAGGAGAGUUAGGAAAUGGAGCCUGUCGUUUGACGAACUGCUAACAGACCUGGCGGGAAGAGAGCAGUUCCUCAAGUUUCUAGAGAAGGAGUUCAGUGCAGAAAACCUUAGGUUUUGGCUGGCUUGUGAUGAGCUGUAUGCAGUUCCACUGAAGGAUGUAGAAUCAGCAGUACAGGAAAUUUACAGUGAGUUCCUGGCUCCAGGCUGCCCCAGCCCUAUCAAUGUGGACUCCAAGUGCCAGGCCAUUGCCAACAAGAACAUGGAGAAACCAAACAGAUACACUUUUGAUGCCUGUAUGGAGCACAUCUAUAAUUUGAUGAAGAGUGACAGCUACCGACGAUUCAUAAGAUCACAGCAGUAUAAGGACUUGAUUCAGACCAAAAAGAAGUCUGGUGCUGGAAGUGACAAACAGUGGUCUCUUGUUCCUGCGGCGCUGGGAGGUAGGAACCUGGUCGCCAAACUACCAAGUUUGCCCAACAGGAACAUGGAUGGUGAAGUUCUUGGAGAACUCAGCUCCAGUGGCAACCAGUGGUCACUGCGCAACAAGCAGCCAAGUACAAGUGCAGCCAGCUCCAGUUCUGAUGGCUUAUAAACAGCCCAAUGGAAAUUGAGCAUUGAGCAGAAAAUGUUGAUACCUGAUUGAGUAAGAGGCUGUUAAAUGUUAUUCCAACUUAAUGCCAUGAUGUUUGUCCACAAAACUGUCCCCUUUUAACUGUUCUCUACUAUUUUUAUGUCCAAAAGCAUUGUUUUGACAAAUACUUUGCUGCAAGACAAGUGUGUUUGAAAUAAAACACCAGAACAUAUUGGGCACGUUAACAUUUUUUUCAAUACUUUCCCACAGAUCUACAUAUAUUUCUCUAGUCUGAUUAACUGUCUGAAUCAUCUUAAUGCAAGGACUUAUCUUUAAGAUUUUUAGAUUAUCUGAGUUUCUGCUGACAACAAACCUGCUGCUGACACUGACAAACAGAUUCUUCUGUGAUAUAGAACUACUGCAUGAGGAAAAAUGGGCAUUGAAAAUGAUUUACUGGCAGCAACAGUAAGUGGUGUGAAGAUUAGAAUGACCAUAAACUUUGGCUUCUAUCAGCUCAGUAUACCUUUGCCUCCUUGCCAAAAAUAAGCAAACAGUGGGGACAUUCAUACACAAUGUAUAUAUCAUGAUAUUCUGUACCAUUGUCAGUGUUGCUUAACUACUCACACACAUUUCCUGAUGCCAAUAACCUACACUGCUUUUGCAAGUCUCGUCAACUACAGCCGGCAAAAUACUUGACAGAAGGUACAGCUAGGUUUUGGAAUUGAACAACUGUUGACAACAAAAACAGCAUUGUAAAAGUUUCUCGAUACAAUUAUUGUAAAGUAAAGAGAGAUAGAGAGUAUGUCAACACGUAAUGUAUAGACAAUAUAUUUAUCAAUGUACAGUGUAAUAUAGCUGUUUACAUAUAGGCAUGAAUGUUACAGUACUGCAGAUCAAGUGUGGCAAUGGACAUGAAGGUGCAGUUAGCUAGUUUUGUAUGUUCUUUGUAUAUGUCAGUGUUGAGAGGUGUGAACUUUGUCAAGAAGUAUCAAUGAAUUUUUGAGCAUACAGAACAUUCCAAGUGAUGUUAUAUACAUGUGGGGCCAGGGAGGGGGUGUAAGAUGUCGACUGUAUGCCAUUUAUGGGUGUCACAUUGUGAAUAAUGUUUCUACUGCAAGAGAUGUUCAUGUGCACAAGUUUGCUGAAAUUAGUAAACAUGGUAAAAAAGUUAUUAUAAAUGUUAAUCAUAUUAUCAAUACAUUAAAAGUAUGGGCAGCAGUAAACAUGCCAAAAUAAGUUAUUCUAAAUAUUUCUACUAUCAUAAGUAUAAAAGUAGACUAUGAGUUUCCUACAAAGUGUAACUGUUGCCAUGAUAGUAUCAUUAUCUCUGGCAGAACCUAAACUUCACCAAAUGCAGUCAUGGACAAAAUCUGAUUCAGAGAGAAGUCAGUCUCUUGGAGUUCUCAAAGAUGCCUGUAGGGUAAGUCACAGGAAAUUUGCAAAUCUUGAUGCAGUUUUCAUGCUACAGGAGGAACUUGACAAUCAUAAAUGAUACACAUAUAUGUAACGUUACUUGUAAGCUGUUGUUAUCUCAGUGUCUGUUUUGUAGCAUGGGUGACUUCUAGACUCAACAAAAAUCAACCAGUUAAAUUAUUCUGUAUUGAUGAUGGAACAAUCUUUUCCCUUUCUGCACUUUACUGAUAUACAAAUGUAUUUUCUUUUGAAAGACGAAAUUGGACAGCAUGUAACAUUCAUGUUGCAAUUAACAGUGAUGUCAGAUGCAGAUAAAGUAGUUAAUCAAUGAGUUACCUCAUCAAUAAGCUGCAUGAUAAAUGUACCAGUUACCAGUUGGUGAACAGUUUGUAGGCUAAUUGUGUCCAUAAAAUUUGAAGUAUUUGUACAGACUCUGAGUAUUUUACUCCAUACUUUGACAUGGAAGCCAAAGUAUUUUAGCUUCAGCAAGGAUUCAAUGAUUCAUUUAUCUCUUUUCUCUUGAAUGUGAACAAUAUACAUGUUUGAUAACAAUAAAUACAAUUAUAGGUACCAGUCAAAGUAGGAAUAUUAAGAGUACAUCCAGGGCUGUAGUUGUCUUACAAUUAUAGACUUGAAAGCUCAUUUAUCAUUCAAACAUAUACCAAGAUUUUUAACAGGCUUGACGUAGGAUAUCAGGGUUCCCACCAGGAUUCUUUCAGAAUGUUGGGAGCAUCUUAGCAUGACAGAGCUAUGUGGCAAGCAGCGCAUACAUGAGCAUAGUAGAAGGGUCUUGGGGCAUCCUACCCUGAAAAUUUUCAAAUUUUAAAUUCUCAGCAACACCAUUUCCUGCAUUUUGAGGAUCAAAGUUAAUAAAAGCCGACACUUUUGUACCAUUGUUACGAAACAACAGAAAAGACCCCUACACUUCUUGAAACACAGUGUCUGGCCCAAAUCACAGCAUAAGGAAUACAAAUAACAGUGUAGGCCCCCCCAAGCUCAGGUGCACUGGCAAGAACCCUGGAUAUCCCUAUGUUUGCUACCUCUCAAAGAUCCUCAAACCCUUACAUGACCAAUCCUGAUAAUCCUGUUGUUGUUCCUUCACCCCAUUCUGUUGCCUGAACGCUUCAAGAUGCUAGUAACAAGGCUCUAUAAUUUUCUGACGACUUCAGUUGUUAUCUUCAGGUAUGUCAAAAUACCAACAAAGAACUGAAUUUUCAGUUGAAUACAGUCUGAUACUGAUACAGUCACAAUGUACAUAAUAUAUACUUUGGGGUCUCGAACAUCAACAGCGACUAUAUUAAAUGGUUUAAUGAUUUAGUUGACAUUUUUUCACAUGUAAGUACACGACAGUUUCCGAAAUUUGUACUGAAUACAAGCAAACUGAAGGAUACACAAGGUACACUGAUAUCAUUUACUACUGUAUUUAAGACUGAUACGUACUUCAGAUAGCCAACUCAAGAAACUACAAAAUAAUACCCGGUAGACUAAUUUUCCAACCCGUAAUUGCAAUGACUCGGAUUUCCAACUUUGUUUUGAUAGCAACAACACAUGGGACAAUGCAAUACAAAAUGUUAAGGUUAUGUAAUGUGUUAGUAUAGUAACAAUAAGAAUUUAAGAACUUUGUGACUGACUGUGAUUUCAGUUUCUGUUUGGCCAUGUGACUUGCUGUAUGAGUGGGCUUGCAUCACUUAUCACUCACAUAGCAUGAGCUUGUACACAAAAGUACAGUCCAAUGUAUACAGAACAUGCUUAUAUUUUUCAUAUUCAGAGUUAUUGAACAUUGUCUCUCCUCUGAUCAGGUCAAUCUGAACACUUAUCAUGUCUGAUAUGUACAUUUACUUUCUGAAGUUUAUGUCACACAGAGAAAGAACAAAUAAUGUUAUCACAGCAUUAGAGAAAUGAUUCAGUUGUACUGCGCUGUAUCAUAGACAUGAAUGAAACUCAUCAUAACUGAAUGAUGACUUCUUAAUCUGUUGAUUAAAGCUCUACAAAGGCCAUUACCAAUAACCUGUGAAGUUUUGUGAUUUCUGAAAUUAAAAACUUUCAAUGGGCUCAAUGCAUAGAGUUGGCUUAAAAGCUGGUCAAUCUUUAACUCAUCCAUCAUUCAUUUAGUGAAACUGAUCUGUGUUGCAGUUUUGUGCCAUUGACUGUCUUCUACACAGGCACUUGGAACAUUAACACAGACAUCUGGUCAAUGGCAUAAUCUCAGUGCCAAACAAGUGUCCACAUCUAGAAACCUACAUUAGGGUACCAGCUGUCGAUUAUCAUUUUGAAUUGAAUGCAGGGAGGAGUCUUGGACUUGAUUAUAACUAUCCUUUAGCUAGUUGAAUUGAUUAAAACACAACUUUGUAUACGUACAUAGACAUUUGCAACAGAUAGAUAGAAAGAAGCAUACAAGCAUUGGUAACUAUCAUAUCAGUAUGUACCAACACUCUGUUCCCAAAGGCAUUAACAGCCUGGAACUUACUCUAACAGUAACAAUUUCAUCUUCCUACACUCUCUGCUUGGAUGAUUUCUGCUGAGCCAGGGCUAAGGGACAAUAUUGGAGAUGUAUCAUCGUAUCAUUUAUGUUUAAAGAAUAUAAUCAUCAAAGUACAUCUGAGUAAACUAUAUAAAGACUUGUUUAGACACUAGUAGAAACUAGCCUGAUCUAUGUUUCUGAUGAACUAGUUUUCUCCAUUCAUGCUCCCCCACAGGAUAAUGUGCAAAAAGGGCAUUACCUUCUUACUGCAUAUCGCCCUAAAGAACCUUUCAGUUCAUUAGGUCUAACCAUUAGCAGUUUGUUAUGCCCAUUUGCCCAUGUCUGUCUUAUUCACCGUCAAGUAUUCCUUGUCAUACUCAUAGUAGAUACUUGUUUUGGCUGCUUCCUGGAGACUU